CAAUGCAUGGUAAAACUCAUCUGCCCAUUCGCGCGAAAUAAUUUCACGGAAAAUGGUGCUCAUCGCGACGUCCGUUCCGCUUCGAUCGGUGGCCAACCAAUUCCUGGGGGCACUCGCAGUGAACAUCAUCACUCUGGGGCAUGGCGCGGUCAUCGGAUGGGUUUCACCCGCGCUACUCUACCUGCAGUCCAACGGGGACCACCUGACCACGGGACCGGUGACCAUCGAGCAGGCCUCCUGGAUUGGGUCGACCCUCUGCAUCGGGGGACUGAUUGGGGCGACCGUGUUUGGGGCGUUGGCCGAUCGGUGUGGGAAGCGGCUUGGCCUGCAGCUUAUUGCAGUUCCACAGCUGGGCUUCCUGCUGUGCGUUCUGCAGGGCACCAACGUUUACCACAUCUACCUGGGUCGCGUCCUGGCGGGAAUCGGUGGCGGUGGAAUCCUGCGGGCCAUCCCGAUGUACAUCGCAGACAUUGCCGACUUUCGGCUGCGUGGAAUGUUGGGCUCACUGCUGGUGAUAUCGCUCAAUCUGGGCACCCUGGGAGGAUUCAUCCUGGGCAGCUAUCUCCACUACGGGACCGUUCCGUUGGUCAUGUUGGCCGCUCCGGUACUUUUUCUGGCCGCGACCAGCUUCCUGCCGGAGACGCCGUACUGUUUGCUACGACAGAAUCGAAACGAAAAAGCCGAACGAUCUUUGAUGUUCUACCGCGGCAUUCGGGGACACUUCCAGAAGACGAGCUACUUCAAUCGAGAGUUUGAGCAGCUGAAGAAGUUGGUUCAGGUUGAGCGGGAGUCGGCCGAUGAUAACCGGGUCACGUGGGCUGAUUUUUUGAACAUAAUCUCCCUGGCCCAGGGCACGGCCAUCGGAUGGCUAUCGCCGUUCCUGCCCCUGCUGAUCUCAACCAACUCCCCUCUGAACGCCCCCGUAACGGACAUCCAGGCCACCUGGAUUGCGUCGCUGCUGUGCGUGGGUGCCAUCUUCGGCACGGUUCUGUUCGGCUGGUCGGCGGACAAAUUUGGCCGGAAGUUUUCACUGUGCAUGGCCGCCCUCCCCCUGAUCGGGUUCUGGGCCUGCGUGGCCUUCGGAGGAUUCGUUGAAGUUCUGUACGCUGCCCGACUGCUGGCCGGCCUCGGCGCUGCCGGAGUGUUCCUGCUGGUGCCACUGUACGUCACGGAGAUUGCCGAGGAUAGGAUACGAGGAACCCUUGGGUCGUUCUUCAUCCUGUUCAUCAACAUGGGCACGCUGGUGUGCUUUAUCGCUGGAACCUACAUGUCCUACCACGUGACCUCGUACGUCUUGAUCCUGUUGCCAAUCUUGUUUUUGGUGUGCUUUAUUCGGCUUCCGGAAACGCCCCAGCAUUUGAUCAAGUGUAACAAAAUUGAAGCCGCUGAGGGGGCGCUCAAGUUCCUGAGGGGAUACACUACCUCUCCGGAGCAUUUGGAACAGCUGAAGGAGGAAAUGAGCCGCAUGAUGAGCACCAUCGCUAUUCGUGGCAAGGAAGGUGAAUCCGGGGAGGAUUCAUCAAUUCGACUAGCGGACUUUGCUCCCUUCGCCACCAAGAAGGCCCUCCUGAUCGGCAUGGUCCUUGUGACGCUGAACCAGUUCUCCGGCUGCUUCGCCCUCAUCAACUACACGGCGCACAUCUUCGCCGAAGCCGGCUCGAACCUGGACCCGAACGUGUCCGCCAUGGUCGUGGGCGCCAUCCAGCUGGCCGGCUCGUACGUAUCCACGAUGGUGGUGGACCGGUGCAAGCGGAAGGUCCUGUACAUCGUUUCGUCGUUUGGAUCCGCAAUUGGGUUGGGGAUGAUGGGAGUCCACGCGUACCUGGCCGUUUCCGGAUUCGACGUCAGCAAGAUCAGCUGGCUGCCGGUGGCCAGCUUGUCGUUUGUGAUCUUCAUCGCGUCGGUUGGAAUACUGCCGCUGACGUUUGUGAUACUGUCGGAGAUUCUGCCGCAGAAGCUCCGCAGCUUCGGCGGAUCGCUCUGCACCACGUUCCUGUGGGUCGUCAGCUUCAUCGUGGUCAAGUACUUCCCGGUGAUGGUCGAGGUCCUGGGGAUGCACGGCUGCAUGUGGACCUUUGCCGGGUGCUGCCUGUUUGGGGUGCUGUUCAACGCGUUCUUCGUGCCGGAAACGCGCGGCAAAAGCAUCGACGAGAUUACGCUGGCCAUGAAGAGCCGGAGCAAGGCCACGUAAGGGGCCGGGGUGUUCCGGUAGAAUGGGAGUGCAGUGCCAUAAGAGUGCCAGUGAGAGGAUGUGUGGAGCGAUAAUCUUAACCAAGAAUCGAAAAUGUUGUGAUUAUAGUUGUUACCUAUUGAAACCCUAGAAUUUAGUACAAACUGAAUUGUAAGAAAAUAUCUUAAAUUAUUAUGAACAGUUCCUGUUAUGUAACGCAGAAAAGUGUAAAUAAAAUUUGAUCGUAUUUAUUAAUAA